GGGCGAAGGCGGCGACCCAGACAUCUGGGACUGUUGUUGUUCUCUCGCCUCACGCCCGCCUCAGUCAGUUCGAGCUGAGAUCCGGAGCUAGUCUGCUGGGAGGCGGCUGUCCUGUCUCCGCCCUCCCUCCGGGUUCGCUGAAGCUGCGGCAGGAGCCGGCGCUGACUGAACAGCUCGCGGUUGGUCUCUCAUGCCCUUCGUCAAGGAGGGGGUUUCUGGACCCUGGUGAGCGCACCUAGAGCCCCCAGAUUCGGUAUCUUCGUCUGCCCCUCGGGACCGCAGCUCAUCAUGGCUGAGAACGCAAAUGAUGACCUGAACUCUAACCUGCUCCACGCCCCCUACCUCACCGGGGACCCCCAGCUAGACACGGCCAUCGGGCAGUGGCUGCGUUGGGACAAGAAUCCCAAAACAAAAGAGCAGAUUGAAAAUCUCUUGCGGAAUGGGAUGAACAAGGAAUUGCGUGAUCGUCUUUGUUGCCGGAUGACUUUUGGGACUGCAGGACUUCGAUCUGCCAUGGGAGCAGGGUUCUGCUACAUUAAUGACCUUACAGUAAUACAGUCAACACAAGGGAUGUACAAAUACCUGGAGAGGUGUUUUUCAGACUUCAAGCAGAGAGGCUUUGUUGUUGGCUAUGACACCCGGGGUCAAGUGACUAGCAGCUGCAGCAGCCAGAGGCUUGCUAAACUCACUGCUGCGGUGUUGCUGGCUAAAGAUGUUCCUGUUUACCUUUUUUCAAGAUACGUUCCUACACCUUUCGUACCAUAUGCAGUUCAGGAGCUCAAAGCAGUCGCAGGUGUGAUGAUUACUGCUUCUCAUAACCGCAAAGAGGACAACGGGUACAAGGUUUAUUGGGAAACUGGUGCUCAAAUCACAUCUCCACAUGAUAAGGAAAUCCUGAAAUGUAUAGAGGAGUGUGUGGAGCCCUGGGAUGACUCUUGGAAUGAUAAUUUAGUGGACACCAGCCCACUGAAGAAAGAUCCUCUUCAGGACAUUUGCAGGAGAUACAUGGAAGACCUGAAAAAGAUCUGUUUUUACAGGGACUUAAAUUCAAAGACCACCUUGAAGUUUGUACAUACCUCCUUUCAUGGCGUUGGACAUGACUACGUGCAGUUGGCUUUUCAAGUAUUUGGUUUUAAGCCUCCAAUUCCAGUCCCAGAACAGAAAGAUCCAGAUCCAGACUUUUCUACUGUUAAAUGUCCAAACCCUGAAGAAGGAGAAUCUGUGCUGGAACUGUCCCUGAGACUGGCAGAGAAAGAAAAUGCACGGAUAGUGCUAGCCACAGAUCCUGAUGCAGACCGGCUGGCAGUAGCAGAACUUCAGGAGAAUGGUCAUUGGAAGGUGUUCACAGGGAAUGAGUUGGCGGCUCUGUUUGGGUGGUGGAUGUUUGAUUGCUGGAAGAAAAGUAAACCAAAUGCCGACGUGAAGAAUGUUUACAUGCUAGCCACCACUGUCUCUUCUAAAAUUUUAAAGGCAAUUGCCCUUAAAGAAGGAUUUCAUUUUGAAGAAACAUUGCCAGGCUUUAAAUGGAUUGGAAGUAGGAUAAAAGAUCUCCUAGGACAUGGAAAAGAAGUCCUUUUUGCAUUUGAAGAGUCUAUUGGCUUUCUGUGUGGAACCUCUGUGCUGGACAAAGAUGGAGUCAGUGCAGCUGUUGUUGUUGCUGAAAUGGCCGCUUUCCUGGAUGCCAGGAAGGUAACACUGAUGGAGCAACUGAUGAAAGUUUACGAAACAUACGGUUAUCACAUGUCAAAAACUUCAUAUUUCUUGUGUUAUGACCCACCUACCAUCAAAACCAUCUUUGAAAGGAUUCGCAAUUUUGAGUCUCCAAAGGAAUAUCCAAAGUUCUGUGGGGCAUUUGCUAUUUUGCAUGUACGGGACAUAACCACUGGCUAUGAUAGCAGCCAGCCAAAUAAGAAAUCAGUACUGCCUGUGAGCAAAAACAGCCAAAUGAUCACAUUUACUUUUCAAAAUGGCUGUGUUGCUACUCUUCGAACAAGUGGGACAGAACCAAAGAUAAAGUAUUAUGCAGAGAUGUGCGCAUCACCUGGCCAGAGUGACACUGCCUUACUGGAAGAAGAAUUAAAGAAACUCAUUGAUGCUCUGAUAGAGAAUUUUCUUGAACCCAGUAAGAAUGGACUGAUCUGGCGUUCUGUGUAGGGCACAUCAGUACGUUAUGCCUUUGCACUGACAUAUGGAACGAAACCUCCAAGAACUCCACUCAGUGAACCUUGUGUUAGAAUUCUCUCGUCUGCCAAGUUAUCUUUCCCCUUUUCUUUCCUGUGUUCAGCCGGCUAAAUAGAUUAUAUACAUUUGAAAUGAAAAUGUUUGGAUAUGAGUCAAAUAUUUCCAAAAUCUUAAGUGACAGUCAUUACAAUGAAAGUGUUUCAGUGGCUCGCUGUUCCUCCUGUAUCACAAACAAUACAAAAGUGAGUUUUCUUAUUGAACUGUGGUUAAGCUUAGUUAUAUAUCUUGUAAUUGUGUACAGCAUGGUUGAAAGAAGUCAAACAUUACAUAACUAUAGGGUUAGUUAGGACAUUCUUUCUUAAUGGUGUGUGUGUGUGUGGAAGUAUUGUCUUGCCCAGGGUGGGAAAGUUCUGUUGUAGAUAUUGUUUUUCAAAUUAGAAACCUAGCUUGGUGACAUAUUCCUGUUACAGCCUUAGGGGGCUGAGGCAGGAGGAUCAUUAGUUUAUGGCCAGCCUGUUGCACAAUAAUGUUCUGUCUCCACAAAAAAAUAAAAAAGAAAGAAAAGAAAAAAAACUGUAUCUAGGUCAUUUAGGUUUUCUGACUAGGACAGAUGUUGCAGUCUGUGGUUGUGCACCCGUGAUGGAUGUGUCCUUGGCGUGGUGAUCAUUUACGUAUGUAUUUAAGACGAACGUUUACUGAACACAAAACAGUAGUAGCAGCACUCCGAGUGGAUUUACUCUUGUCAAAUUCCUCAGUGCAUUCUCAGGGUCAGGUGUGAACCGAAACGACGUGGAACGUAAUUCCAUCAGUCCAUUUUCAGGUAGUUAAGGAAGAUCUUCCAGACUGUAUAGGCGCUUCCUCUACAGAAAACAGAUCUGUUGACAUCUAGAGAUGGGUGUAGAAAAAGGUCUUAAUGUGGCCUAAUGUGACUGCAGCUGGGUCUUCAUGCUAGGACUUAGUUAUCAUAGCCUGUAAGUGACAAGCUCCGUCCUGUGGCACAAGCAUGGCAUUUAUUCGGCAGUCUUUUUGAAUUACAUUUUCAUAGCCAGGUUUGUUGUAUCUGAUAAGGUGAUGCUAAUUUCAAUAAGAAAUGAAGCAUCAGGUUAGAAGUAUUUCCUACAGCCAUACAACCUUGAUUCAAUACCCAGUCUCACUUCAUCUCAGAAGCCAAGCAAGGCUAAGGUGCUCGGAUGGGAAAUCUUAGUAUGAAGCACUGAAACUGAUGUUCAAAACUGAGGUCAGUCUAUUUUAGGGUGUUGCUGGCUUUGGAAUUUCUGAUCAUAUAAAUACUUUUCAUCUUUUUCAGUGCAAAACAGUUUUCAGGAAAGUCACUUGAGGUUGACUCUUCAGCCUUCUGACGCCCUAAUAGAAAAAUAGUGUCUAAGCUUUCCACAUUAUAUCCCUACACAGUUUACAGAAUACAUACAUGAUAGUCAUGAUGACAGUAGCAAGGCUUUCAGGUGUAAUCAUUUAAGAAAAUUUGCCUAUAGGAGACAGCACUGAUGUUAGAUGAUUUGUUUCCUAAAAAUAAAUACUAAAAAGCCUGAACCAAUUAGAACGUUCAUUAGACCAUGGUUUGGUUUGUUGCAGCUUGAGGAUAACUGUGUGGGGAUAAUCCCAACACUGCUUUUACACUGCGUUGCCACGACUGCUCUGUGUUCCUUCCUUAGAGCUGGGUCCUGUAUGGCUAUGGAUGACAGCUAGUGACUGUUCAGUGCCACUUUAAAAUAAUCUCACUCUAUGAGAUUAUUUUAAAGACUUUGUGCUAAAGAAGUAGUGCAUAGAAUUUUUUUGUUUUAUUUUUUAAAAUGUCAGCUUUUAGGAGUAUGAACAGUAAUUUAGGAAAUAGCAUGUAUUCUACAAAGUGGCAUAAUCAAAGCUGUACAUUGGAAAACAUGCAUAUUCAGUUUUAGUGUCUGUGUCUCAGUGGCCCAAGGACAAAAUGAAACUUAAGUGAUGUGACAGCCAACUUAUAACAAAAGAGCCACAUCAUGAUUGCCCUUCACUUACAAGAACAUUUUUGUUUCCAUGCUUAAGCAUAUUUAAGAAAUAAGUCAUCUUAAAGUGAAGUUACUGACAAUCGAGCUCUUAUCUUGAAAAGCUAAAUUCCAACUCUAUAUAAAGGUUCCGAGAGUGCAUAAGUUGAGGAAACUAUUUGAUUUUGUCUACAGAAAUCAGAAUCAGAAUCCAUCUGAGCAUGUUUAACAUGAACUUGACACAAUGGGUGCAUAGGUGCUUAACAGGAUAAAUUUAACAACAGCUCAAGAGAGGAGUGCCAGCCUGUGCGUCUCAGCCUUGGGCUAAACUACGUUGUUUAUCUCUUCCCCUUUUUUGGCAAUAAUAUGGGAAUAUAUGCUCUUUGAGCAAAUAAAUCAAAACAGGUAUUUUCUGAGGAAAAGAAUUAGACUGGAACAUAGCCCAGUGGUAAAGCACUUACCUAGCAUGCAGAUAAAGCAAAGCUUACAUUUGAUCACUGGCGAUACAAAAAAAGAAAGAGAAAGAAGGUUAUUAUUGAUGGAGCAAAGUCAAAUCAUAAAGUGGCAAUAACCAAUAAGAGACCAACAAACUAUAUAUACAUGCCAGUAAUGGUGACAGAAGAAAAGCUUGAGAAGUACAAACCAUGCACUGUAACAGGAUAAACUGUAUGUGAGGCUGUUCACUUAUGUUUGUGAGGACGCACAGACAGCAAGCCUAUACUGUUUUCAUUCCUUCAGUAGUGAUCGCUGAAAAGAAGCCCAGUUCUAGGAGGUGAGGUUCAGUUGAGCUGUGGGGUGUUAUUUUAGAGUCACUCGAAGAUAAAGAACAAAAUUAAAAGAAAUAAAACCAAGAUUGAAAAGUAUAGCCUCUAAGAAAAAGUUCAAAGAAUUAAGAUUUUUGGACUCUGAAACAAAGAGCUAUUGAGUUCAUUUACCAAACCAUAAGUUAUUCAUUGGGAUGUUUACUAAAGGUAUCAAAGUAAGAGGGACUAAUGGCACCCUGAUUAUCUCUGGUAAAGACACCAUGGGGAAUAAAGUUGUAAAAAAACAAGACCUGUUCUAUAAACACGGAAAAAAAAGAUAUAGAAGGGAGCUAGUUGAAAAGUGAGUCAAACGGGUAGGAGAAGUUUAAGAGAAGGAUAAUGGGGUUACUGUGAUCAUAAUGCAUUCUGUACAUGUACGUAAUGGUCAGAAAUAAAUGAAUAGACAACGUGAAAUGUUUAAGAGGUUAGAAUUUCUUGGGCAGAAGUGAUUAUAAAACCUAUUUGAAACCUUAUUUUUGAUGGGAUAAUAUUUGAAAUAUUAAGGGAGAUACCAGAUGGCAGUUUAAAGAUCCUUCAAGCACAUUUUUAAGAAUCGGGUUGGGACAAGACUUAUGUAUAGAGCACUAUCAGUAACUUCUGCAUUUCACUCCGUAUCUGGUUGGCUCACCAGUAACUUGUAUAUAUUUUGAAUGGGAGGUGCAUGGGUGCAGUGAUGGGUGUUCUCUUUAAUUUGCAAGCUGUAUGAGACUUGAAUGCACUCUUGUUCAUCUCGGGGAAUGAGCAGCUUUAUAAGAUAUUUAAGAUUUAUUGCAAAUAUAAAGUAUCAGUAUUUGGAUAUAGUAACUUAAAGAGAGAUUCUAAGAGAUUGGAUAUUUUGUGAUGUCUGCAUGUAGCAAGUAGACACCCCCCCCCCCCGCCAUUUCCUCAUCAAGAUGCUUCUGAAAUUGAUGCAACAGAGAGUGGGAGUCCCCUGGAAGGGUUGAGUACUGCUGUUCCUGCUGCUGUUCUCGGACCUCCCACUGAUAUUUCUAAAGCCUGAAAACUACAAAUUCCACUUGGAAACAUUUAAUUUCCCACCUUUCCUGCUCUACCUCUCUUCCCUAGGCAUCCUCUCUCUUACUGUGAAAUGCUACUACCCUGUUACCUCACUGAUAAGUCUUAACUGUGUUCAUUCAGAUGGCUUUAAACUUAGUCGUGAAUUGUUUAUAGACUGUUGUUUUCAUUGUUGUUGUCUGAAUAUCUGAGAUGUACUGUAUGAAGUAACCUCACUAUCUUUCAAAGCCCAUUUCUGGUUGCUGGACACUCCUAGAUGGCGUCACUGUGGGCUUUACAAUGAAUUUGUUUUCUGAAUUUGUUCUAGAAACUGAUGAGGAAACAACUAUACCAACCAAAGUAGUAGGUUGACCAAGGAUUUUAUUGGGGGUCCUCUGUGCUUUGGGCAGUAAGAGUACAAAAAUUUGAGGGAAUUUUUUUUUUACAUUGCCCCUCAACGCAUUUUACCAUAAGCCGAAAGAAGUCGAAGAGAGCUGGUUGUGGUAACUCAUAUGUAUAAUCUCAGCCCUGGAGAAACUGAGGCAGGAGAAUUGCUGGGAGUUCACAGUCAGCUUAGGCUACAUGGAGAGAUCUAGACAGAAAAACCUUAAAAUAGAAGAGAACAGUGCAUUGUCUGCCUCUUCACAAAGCAUUGGUUUAGUGCCAGUCAAACACAAGUCAGUGUUACUAAUAUUUUUAACUAGAGAGAGAGAGAGAGAGGGAGAGAGAGAGAGAGAGAGAGAGAGAGAGAGAGAGAGAGAGAGGGAGAGAGAGAUAACCUAUGCAUUUAAUUAAGAGGCCAAGACAAGGACGAAGUGACCAGAGUCUGCUUUCUAAAUUUUCCAUCCACAGAACCCUAAAGUAGAAAAGUGUGAAAAGGAUGGAAAUGGGGCCCAGAGCAAAGCCCAAAGAAGCCACACACUGGCGUGAGGCCAUGAGAGCCUCUCAGUCACAGUGGAUUCUCAAUAGAGUAAACUCUAAGAGAAACAUGGAGCCAGGACGGAGCUCAGUGGUAGAGUGCUUGCCUGACAUGCCAAAGGUCCUAGGUCCAACAUCCCCAGCACCAUUGAAAACAUUUAAAAAGGGGAAAAUACCAGAAAAGAACACAAGCCUGUCAUGUAAUUCCUCAACUCCCAGCCCCAGACCCCCACCUGCAGUGGCUGCUUUUUCCUGAAGGAAUACACAAUGACCUUAUAAGAAAUGUGCAUUCUAGGCUAUUCUCUGCCUUUCUGACCUGUACUUCCAAACUGUUAAUGCCAGACCAAUUGGCCUGCAAUAUGUUACCCUUGAACCUUAUAACAUUGUCUGAUCUAUAAGCCAAUUUGUUUUCUUUAAUUCACUGACAGACACUCUUCAACCCACCUGUCAGCUGCCUGACAUGGUUCAUUGUUUUUAAUAUCUGUUUUUCUUAAUUCAGUAUCUCCUGUCAUGCAGUAUUUAACUGGUGAUAAUAGUAGUAAAGGAACAAGCUUAAAAGAUAAUAAAACAGUAGUUUUCCAAUUCAGUUUCUAAAACAGUAUUACUGAGAUAUCCAGUAAGCAACAUUUACUAAGCAUGCAUACCGUUAAAUACUUGUUGUCUUAGGGAUUCUGUUGCUGUGAUAAACACCAUGACCAAAAAAAGCAACUGGGGAAAGGAGGGGUUUAUUUCCUCCUUGAGCUUAUACUCCAUCCCUGGGGGAAGCUAGGGCAGGAACUCAGGGCACGAACCUGGAGGCUGGAACUGAAGCAGAGGCCAUGGAGGGGUGCUGCUUCAUGGCUUGCCUGCUUUUUGAGAACACCUAGGUCCACAAUCCCGGGGCGAGGGGGGGGGGGGGGGCACCACACACAGUGAAACGGCCCCUCCCACCUCUAUUAUCAAGAAAAUGCCCCAUAAGCCAAUCGGAUCUGGGCAUUUUCCCAACUGAGGUUUCCUCAUCUAAAAGAACUAGCUUUUGUGUCAAGUUGACAUAAACCUAUGCAGCACACUGUUUCUUUGAAGAGUACAAAGCAUCUUUCAACAUGAAAGUAUAUAUAAUUUUGCUCGCAAAACAAGGUUUUGGCCAGGAAGGCUACGAAUGUAUCUUAUAUGGGUUUAAUGUCACUGGUCUGGAUGCCAUUUUGAACCUAAUAGCUCCACCUUUCAAGUGAGUCACAUCUGAUUUAAUAAUGCUUAAUGCAUUUUGUCCAAUAUUAGGAUUCAUCAUGUGUGUUAUUGGAGUCACUCAGGCACAAAAAAAUGGGGGGAGGGGUGUCUGUACCUGUGUAUGAUGAGACCAUGUUAUAGACCACUAUAAGCUCUUGGUGUACAUUAUUGAAUAUGACAGGUAAAACACAGAAUUAAGAAUGUAAUACUUUUCUAGUAGUAGCUCAGAAUUGUGCCCUUGUUUUCAACAGUUUCUGUCAAUAUCUCAUCUUUCCCUGUAAAAGAACAGGGUCUAUUGUUAGCCUGUGAGAAUUUGCACUUUAUGUAUUUGUGUGUGGAUUUCUGUGGUUUUAACCAAAUGAAAUGUUCUCAGUAAUAAACAGGUCUCUCCAUA